AUGGCAACAACACCGGCACAACCUCCGGUAAUAAAUUCUCCACCGGUGAUUUCACCACCACCACUGAACAAUUCUCCUCCAAGUAACAAUGCUACUACAGCACCGUCUCAGUCUCCUCCUCCGGUUACACCACCUCCGGUGACUUCGCCGGUCCCUCCAUCACCACCGCCACCAACUAGAGCUCCUCCUCCGGUUACGACCUCAUCACCACCAAAUGGAGCACCUCCUCCUCCUCCUCCUCUGCCAAAACCACCUGAGGUCUCUCCUCCACCACCACCACCACAACCAGUGAACACUUCACCUCCUCCUCCAGUUCCACGGUCACCACCACCAACACCAUUGGUUCAGCCACCGCAAUCCUCUUCUCCACCACCACCAUCGGUGCAGCCACCAACUAAAACGCCUCCACCACCAUUACCUUCUUCUUCACCUCCACCACCUUCAUCUGUUCCUCCACGGCCUUCGCCUUCCCCUCCAAUCUCACAACGCUCUCCUCCUCCUUCACCGCCUUCAGAUCGAUCUCCUCCUCCUCCUUCACCGCCUUCAGACCGUUCUCCUCCUCCUCCUCCUUCACCGCCGUCUUCAGAGCCUCCCACUCAGUCUUCUCCUUCACCACCAGAUGAUACUACACCCCCACCUCCUAGUCCACCAAAUUCUUCUCAACCACCAACAUUCUCCUCACCGUCUCCUCCACAAAUACUUGUACCAGGUUCUCCUAACAAUCCAUCUCAGAACAACCCUACUCUUAGUCCCCCUGAUACUUCAAAUUCUACUGGUAGUAGUGGAAUUGGUACUGGAGCUGUCGUUGGUAUCACUGUCGGAGUGGCGCUUGUGUUGCUCAGUCUUAUCGGACUCCUUGUCUGGUGCUUGAGGAAACGAGAAAAACGGCUUUCAGCUGUUAGUGGUGGCUCUGUUACACCAUCACCAAUGAGCUCCUCCACCCAAAGAUCAGAUUCAGCUUUUUUUAMGAUGCAGUCAUCUGCACCUAUUGUACCGGGAAAGCGUUCAGGAAGCGAUCUUACGUAUUUCUCGCAAUCACAAUCUGGCGGCUUAGGCAAUUCGAAGGCAUUGUUUUCCUACGAAGAACUUGUGAAGGCAACAAAUGGUUUUUCACAAGAAAAUCUUUUGGGUGAAGGUGGAUUUGGUUGUGUAUAUAAAGGGAUAUUACCAGAUGGGAGAGUAGUUGCUGUGAAACAACUUAAAAUUGGUGGAGGACAAGGUGACCGAGAGUUUAAAAACGAAGUCGAGACUCUUAGCAGAAUUCAUCACCGUCAUUUGGUUUCGAUCGUGGGACAAUGCAUCUCUGGUGACCGCAGAUUGCUCAUUUAUGAUUAUGUCUCUAACAAUGACCUUUACUUCCACCUCCAUGCAUCCAAAGAAGUUCUGGACUGGGCAUCACGUGUUAAAAUUGCGGCUGGGGCAGCUCGCGGACUUGCUUAUCUCCACGAAGACUGUCACCCGCGUAUCAUUCACAGGGACAUUAAGUCGUCUAACAUUCUUUUAGAGGACAACUUUGAUGCUCGGGUUUCUGACUUUGGUCUCGCAAGAUUAGCUCUUGACUGUAACACUCAUAUCACCACACGGGUUAUGGGAACAUUUGGCUACAUGGCUCCUGAAUAUGCAUCAAGUGGAAAAUUAACAGAGAAAUCGGAUGUGUUUUCCUUUGGAGUUGUUCUGCUCGAGUUAAUCACUGGACGUAAACCAGUGGAUACAUCGCAACCGAUGGGAGACGAGAGCCUUGUUGAAUGGGCCCGGCCUUUGGUAAGUCAUGCCAUCGAAAACGAGGAAUUUGAUUCUUUAGCAGAUCCCAAGCUUGAAGGAAAAUAUGUGGAUUUUGAAAUGUUUAGAAUGAUUGAAGCAGCAGGAGCUUGCGUGCGCCAUUCAGCUGCCAAAAGACCUCGGAUGGGACAAAUUGUAAGAGCUUUUGAGAGUUUAGCUGUUGAAGACCUCACCAACGGGAUGAGACUAGGGGAAAGCGAGAUCUUUAACUCAGCUCAACAGUCCGCAGAGAUCAGAUUGUUCAGAAGAAUGGCAUUUGGUAGCCAAAACUACAGUACAGAUUUUUUCACACAUACUAGUUACGGUAGCAGAGACGACGAACACGUGUAA